AUGCAAACGACAGCUGAUGACCUCUUGUUUGAUGACGAUUCCUCGGAAAAAGCAGACGAACUGACCACGAUGGAGUCACCGUCACAUUUCCUCAUUACUCUAAGACAGUUGUCGAAGUCAGACGCUUCGUUUCAUCUCAUUAACGCUGACUCAUACGAGAUCUCAUCGAUGCUUGGGGGCUUGGGUUCUAUGUCCGGAAAAGGCUUUUCAACAUCUCAAGCAUACCUAUCAAUUCCCGAUCCAACGAUACACAAAGAAAGAACAUUCACGGAAUUCUCCUAUCGUUCCGGUCCCAACUGA